CGCUAUUUGAAAAGUUGCUUCUUGUAGUUUGUUGGUAGAGGGGGUAUACGGUCAAAGAUUUCGACAAAUGACAAAUUCGUAGGGCCGGCAGUCGCCGCCAUAGAUAAAUGUCGCCGCAGUGUUCUCUCAUGUCAUGUGUAUUAAGUGGGGGAAUUGCAAAGAUACAUCACAACUUCACAAUAAAGAUUAGAUAUGUGAUUAUUUUUUAAUUUUUAGUCGAUCAUAAGUAGAUUAAUAACUGCAGGCAGAACACUUGAGACAGAAGCUGAUUUUCCACAGGAUUAAUUUAGGUUACACCGAAUUUUGAAUUGAAGUCUUAAAGAAAUAACAAGAUAUGGACAUAGAAAAAAUAAAUGGUGCUUUAGAAGGGUGUGACAAUUUCCUCAUCAGCACAGGAAAUAUAUUAUCAAUUAAUGACAUUACUAAAAAAGUAAAUUUAAACACAUCUGACGAGUUAGUUGAUGCUAUUAGCUUUACUUUAAAAGAAUUCCAAGAUAAUGGUGUUUUGCAAACCCAGUCAGAUCAUUUAUUGGUAAUUAGCAGACAUAACGACAAUCUUAAGAUAAGUGAACAUGAGCUGGCAGAUUUAAAAAUUGGAUUCAAAGUGUUUUUGAAUAGUGAUGAUCCAGAUUCACUCACUGAAGCUAUCCAAAAAGCCUUAAUUGUCUUAAAAGUGGAGUCUAUCAAUGAUGUCAUUGUUACUUUUAAGCAAAAAAUUGGCAACCAAAAUGACAAUCUAAAUCAGAUACAAAGUACUUGGAGUGUUCUAGAAAAUUUAAUAAAAAAAGGGCAGAUCAAACAAAUUGGUAUUGCUGAUAUUGAAGAGUCAGCAUUCAGAGCCUUAUAUGAUUGGGCAAAAGUCAAACCCAGUAUCAUUCAAAUCAAUUUGUCUACAUGUUGUGUGGUACCACCUACCCUGCAGUCAUUCUGUAAGGAGCACGAUAUUAAAUUGUUGACUCAUAGUGAUCCCUUAGAUCUAUUACCUGUGGAAUCUAUUGAGAGCAUAUUUGGAACACCUUUAAUAUUAAAAUGGGCUUUAAGGUUUCUGAUACAUGUUAAAUGUAGAGGAGUAUUAACCACAAAGGGAUAUUUGCUAAAUCUAGUGAAGAAUUAGCAUUAUGUUUGAAGAAUUUUUUUAACACUCUAUAGAAUAUAAUUUUUAUCACUGUUAUAGAUUUGUCAAAGGACCUAAUUUUUGUUACAAGUAUGUAAAAGU